GAUUUAUUAAUGAAAUCUGUCACCUGUUCUGCUCAAACAAAUGGUCCAGGCCCCAAAUCAUCCCUCCUUUUGGUCUCAAUCUUCAGCCCCACUCUUCUCUACCAAAGUUUUAAUGGAUUCCAGGACAUUCUGACUCACCCCGGAUAGGACUUUAUGGGAUGCUGGAAGGAGGGAGGUAGUUGUGGAUGCCUAACACUGAGGAGAGGGAUAUAUUGAGAUGGCCUAUUCCCAACCCCUUGCCUCUCUAGUUUUGGAUCCAGACAAGCCACUCCCCACAUCCACUUUUCUCUCCUUUAAGCCCUUCCCCUAGAGGUAAGACCUGUGGACAGCUGGUAGGGGGUUUGGGGAGGGGGAUUAUCCAGAUCAGUCUCCUCUAAUCUCAUCUCUGUUUUCUGUGUGAACCCCCCUCCCUUCUCAUAAACCCUACUAGCAAUUGGUGAUUCGGUCAGUCCCAGGGAGCCGCUUACUUUGGAGUGUACACAAGGAUAUUUGUCAAUGUCAUCAUCCCUAACCCUUACUCGAUUCCCUGUUCUGGAAUCUAGGCUGGAUCUUCCUUCUUCUAAAAUAAUCUCAAUUGAGACUUAUCAUUGCUAUCAUUCUUUUGUCCUCCCCCAAAAAACAACAAAAGUCUGACCUCCUAAUCCUCAACAGCUUUAGUCUAAUCCCAGCUGUGAUUUGAUGCUCUUAUCUUUGCCAUCAGAGAGGUGGCCUGGUAAGCACAUGCUCCUCCUACCCUACCCCUAUCUUUCCUUAAUGCUUCCCAGUAAGAAUCCAGGGGAACAUUGCAAGAGAACCUGACCCUCUCUGGCAGACUCCACCAAGACUCAGCCCUAUAUUACCCCUUCACUAUCUAGCUCCAGAUUUUCCCCCUUAGACUUCUUAAUAGUACUUUAACUGUCCAGACCUUAACCUUUCACUCCAGUUCUUCCCUUUCCCCACCUGAUUUUACCCACUUACCUCACUGGGACCAGGCCAGUAGUAGAACUGGGGCGGCUGAUCCAAGGGCAUUGAACCAGAGACAAGAGAGGAAGAGUCAAGAUCCAGAGUAAACUCAAAUUCACACUCAAGUAAGGACUGGUCUGCUACUGUGGCAGGGUGGGAAAGGCUGAAGGGAUUGUUUUGGUGAACUGAAGUGGGACUGAACUUAACUGAACUUAGAGGGAAUGGGAAUCUAUUUGUGGGGUGAAGGGGUAACCUUUAACCUUAUCAUUUGUACAUUUGAAGGCACCCUAAGAAGUUUUCUUUUUUGGGGAAGGAUCCUAUACUGCUUUAGGGGAAAGGGUCUAAUUAUUUACGUGACAUAGUGGAAAACAUGUUGAAUCCUAGCUUUAACUCUUAGUAUGGGUGAUUUAUUUCACUUUCUCAGCCUCUCCUGUCAUCUGCAAAACAGGGUAAUGGCAUUUGUACCACUUACCUCCCAAGGUGUCGGUGAGGAAAGUGCUUGGUAAGCCUACAAUUUGUGCAUAAAUGGGAGCUAUUAGUUGGAAUAUUACUCCCUUCUGAAACUGUGUAGAUGGAAUAUAAAGGGAUACAGCCUAAGUGACUUGGUAAGAUCAGAAAGGAGUUGUUCAGGGUGAGGGGAGGUGCAGUGAGCACAGAGAAUGAGUUCCCUAAUUAUCUAUAUGCCCUUGCCAGGACAGGGACAGGAGCAGUUUCAUCUAUUAGCCAUGGGGGAGAUGGAGCAAUUGCGUCAGGAAGCUGAACAGCUCAAGACACAGAUUGCGGAUGCCCGGAAAGCCUGUGCUGACACUACCCUGGCAGAGCUUACUUCUGGUCUAGAGGUUGUUGGGCGGAUUCAGAUGCGAACACGCCGGACUCUCCGAGGACACUUGGCCAAGAUCUAUGCCAUGCAUUGGUCUACUGACUCCAAGCUACUAGUGAGUGCUUCACAAGAUGGAAAGCUGAUUGUGUGGGAUACCUACACAACCAACAAGGUCCAUGCCAUCCCACUCCGUUCCUCUUGGGUCAUGACCUGUGCGUAUGCUCCAUCGGGAAACUUCGUGGCUUGUGGGGGACUGGACAAUAUGUGCUCCAUCUACAGCCUCAAAUCCCGAGAGGGCAAUGUCAAGGUCAGCCGGGAGCUGAAUGCCCACACAGGUUACCUCUCCUGCUGCCGAUUCUUAGAUGACAACAACAUUGUGACCAGCUCUGGAGAUACCACAUGUGCUCUAUGGGACAUUGAGACUGGGCAGCAGAAGAUGGUAUUUGUGGGCCACACAGGAGAUUGCAUGAGCCUAGCUGUUUCUCCUGAUUUCAAACUCUUUAUUUCUGGGGCUUGUGAUGCCAGUGCUAAGCUUUGGGAUGUACGAGAGGGGACUUGCCGCCAAACUUUCACCGGUCAUGAGUCUGACAUCAAUGCUAUCUGCUUCUUCCCAAAUGGUGAAGCAAUUUGUACUGGUUCAGAUGAUGCUACCUGUCGUCUCUUCGACCUUCGGGCUGAUCAGGAACUAAUUACAUAUUCACAUGAAAGCAUCAUCUGUGGGAUCACAUCAGUUGCCUUCUCUCGAAGUGGCCGCCUGUUGCUGGCUGGCUAUGAUGACUUUAACUGCAACAUUUGGGACUCCCUGAAGGGUGAACGUGUUGGGACCCUCUCCGGCCAUGACAACAGGGUCAGUUGCCUGGGGGUUACAGCUGAUGGGAUGGCAGUGGCCACAGGCUCCUGGGACAGCUUCCUCAAGGUCUGGAACUGAAGAAGGUGGCAAGAGAUGAGAGAAAAGGGCAGCUUGGAUUUCUGUUACCCUGCAUCUUGUUGAAGAUUCACUCACCUGUUUCUUCUUCCUCAGUACUUCCUCAUUAAAGGGCAGGUAGGAUUUAGGAAAUGUCGAGAAGAAGAUGGCAAGUAGCAAAGCCUGGGUCAGAAUGGCCAUAUAGAUCCGCUCCCCUCCUAUCACCAUCAGCCCUACACAGAUGUGUAGCCUUUUCCCUCACUUCCUCAAUGGCCAUUCUGACCCCUAUCUAGCCCCUUCCCCUUCCUUUCUAAAUACCUUUCACAGUCCCCAAAGCAAGAUGGCUAGCUCUGACAGGCAGCAAAGUUUUAGAACAGCCUGGAUUCUUCACCAAUAGCUUCAGCAAUCACCAUAGAAGACCAGACUUAGAAGAUAUAACUAGGUAUAAUUGGGCUAAACUACAACCUCAUUCCCCUCUGUGUCCCCCUUAUGGACCCUCUUUAAGCCUGGUUUCCUUUUCUAGCUCAGAUUCAAUAAAGGGCAGCACUACUGUAUAAGAAUCUUUGUGAAAUGACUAACAUUCAUUCCUCUUUUUCAAGUGGCUCAAUAUUUACCCCUCCAAAAAUCUUCAUGCACUGCUUUAGGUGACCCAACAUGAAUCUAAGCUGCUUUUCCCAUCAAUAUGGAGAGUUUAAAGGCCUGAAGACUCCUGAGGCCCAAGAAGGGGAAAGGAAAGAGCCUAGCAGAACUACAAAUUUAUAGUAAUAGUUUCCAGGCUUUCUGUGAUCUAAAGCAAAAGUUGGAAUGAGAGAGAAAGGGUAGGGUUCCAUUUUAAGCAAUCCUGGCCAAACUUAGAAUCCUCUACUUGAGGAGCUAAGGGGAAAACAAAUAAAUAAUAACGGCUUGGUAAAGUCUGAAAUUGGAACAAGUCACAGAGUUGGAGGCCUAAAUAUAAUCACAAUGCUACUUUGAAGAAAACAGGAGAAAAAAGUAAAAUUUGUCUCGGGGACUAAGGUCCUGCUUGUUGGGAUAGGGAUAGAGAUUAUUGGGAGUUCUUUGAUGAAUCCAUUAUAUUAUCUAUGUGAUUACUCCCUCCAGUGGUGCCCAUAAUAACCCAUCCACAACUUCUGUAUAAUUCUUGUCUAUGUUGCCUCAUAAAUCUUUUCAAGGGGAUUCUACUGAUAGAAGAGAAGCCUUUCUCUUAUUCUUUUAAUAUCCCAACAGCAUUUGACUAGAUUGUCUCAGUUAGCUCUGGUUUUUCAACAUCAUGUGCUGACUUUUUUUUUUUUUUACACAUUUUGAAAGGACCCUCCAACCUCUGUAUUCCCCCAGAUCAAGUUAGAUCUUGUAGUUGAGUCCAAAAAAGGGUCAUUAUCUCUUUGGCUCAUAUGCCCUUAUUUGGAGUUUGCGCUGAGAAAUCCCCAAAUAUAUGUGUGUCUAGGUUUUCACAAACAUGAGUAACAGGAUACCCUGCUUCUGAACAAGUACUCAAGGUAUAUAUAGUCUUUAUUUCAUCUCAAUGAAAAAAAAUAUAAAAGACUCAGAAGAGACUAUAAAUAAAUAUGGAUAAUGCAUGAGCCACUCAAAAUAUCUUUUAAGCUCAGGGAAGCCAUAUUCUCACAUUCUAGUGAAAUAAAUUUCUCCCAUGUGAUCCGGUACUUCCUUGUCUCACAAUAUCGUUCUACGACUAUAUAGUGGAAGGUGGUGGAAGAUUACACCUGGAAAACAAACACACUUUGGAACUGCUGCAGGACGGACAACUCUUUUCCCAAUGAACAUUGUCCAAACGAUUCACAUUAAUAAUGGGAAGCUUCUUCUGUUCCCUUGUCUUAUAGUUUUAGUUCUUUACUAAUUUUUUUUUUUUACUUUACUAAAUAAUUCCCAGUGGUAGGUGCAAUAUGAAUAAACCUUUUAUUGCUCCAAUAGACAUUCUGACCAGAAGAUUCUUUCUAAAAGAUCUGAACUUUUACUCUUGGAGCUAUUCUUAAGGCAAACUCUAAACUUGAUGCUGCCCCAUAAAUCUCCCUUUACCUCUAGAAAUUAAGAUUCUGGGAUCACGUAACCUAGAAGUAUUCCUUCUUCUAACUAGGAUGCAGAGUUUCAGGAAUAAUACUGUCCCUAGACUUCAACUUCAGAUCGUAUGUUUGCCCCUGUCAUGUUUUAGCAUUAACUCUUGACAAUCUGUGACUGCCAUAUCUCUUGGAUGAGAAUCCUCUAUCUCCUUGAAUCAAGGGAGAGAGAGGCAGGGGCAUAUAUUGUUUUUGCUACCAUUUACUAGUAAAUGCUUUCUAAACAGAUGCAACCAACCUGCAACAUUUACCUGUUUGAAACAUUCAAAUAAGCAGGAACCUGAAUGCUCUGGGGAAAAAAAUAUUCCUCAGAAUACUUUGGCUUAUAGUAGACAGGUACACACUAUUGUACUCUGGUACUAUUGUACCCCUAAUUAAUCUUCCUUACUCUUUCCCACCCCUAGUAGUUGAAGUGAAUUUUUUUUUUUUUUUGUCUUUUCUUGGAGGGGAGGGAGAGGCCUAGAUUUGAAUUUCAGUUUUAUUAUUUUUUUUUAGUGUGAGCUUAAGAAAUACACACAAAAAUUAUCAUUUCUACAAAGUAGAAUGUACAAAGGGAGGAUUAUAAAUACCCAGGAUGAUAUUGUAAAUUGCAUUUACUUUGUAUAAAAAAAAAUGUAUAAAAUUUAACAUAUUACCUUCACAACUAUCCUGCUUAUCUCUGCUGCCUUCUGAACUUUCUUUUAUUCUUCCCUAUGCUCUUUUAAAAGUUUCAAUGUCCCUUAUUUUUU